GCAAUAGUAAACAACCAGCUCUUUGCCAUGUCCCUCUUUUCAUCAUUUGUAUUUUUAUUAUUCCUAGUAUUUUAUAGUGGAAAUGCACUUGCAUAUUCUCAGUCUUUAGAUCGUAUUCAGGUUUUAACGUUUUCGACGCCUGACCCUGAAGACUCAAAAUCAAAAAGUACCAAAAAUCCCAAGCUGAUAUGUUCAGGAGCAGCUUGUGAAGAUUAUGAGACCAAAUACGCUAUCUGCCAGCAUAAUCAACUCAACGUCUCUCCGCUGGAUAUAAAAUGGUCUUGCUCAUGGCCUUAUAUGUCGGAUCGUGUGCAUGUCGUCGACUAUGGCGUACAUUGUAAAGUCUACUAUGCUCAUGCAAAUGAACCAAUUAUUCAAAGCUGCUCCUUGGAUUAUCGUUUAGAGUAUUCCACUUCUGGAUUGCUACUUCACCAACCGUGGAAACUCUUUUCUUGGAGACCAUUUUCGGCAGGAUUGAUCCUCUUUUGUGCAGGCGUAUAUUUAAUGAGUGCUUGUAUGCGUAUUCUUGGUUAUUUGGGCUCUCCAAGGACUCGUUUCCAUGACUCUACUCGGUGGAACGAGCAAAAAUACUUGGAACAAGCCAUUGCUGCUGCAGACGACAACUUUCCUGGUCGGAGCUUUUUCAAUAACAGUAUAAAGCAAAGAGUUCCUAUGGCUAUAGUUGAAGAUCUUGCAUAAUGAUCGUAGUCUCUUCAUAUUUUAUUCUACACGGCAUCCUUAACUGUUUAGCAUAUUACCUCUACCGCUGAUAUCUCCUAUUCGAUGUGGAAAAGGGUUCAACAAUGAUUCUCCUAUAAUAUUAUUUAUCCAUUUGCAUGUUUUAUCAUCCCCUUUCCGCUAUCCUCAUUGCUGGUUGCAUGCAUAUAUUCACUCGCCUAAAUUCUUGUCAGUUAAUUCGGAGUUUCCUAUGGCAUUUUAUUUACUAUCUCUCUUUGCUUCAUAUAGAAAACACCUUCCUCUCCUACAUCAUUCUGCUGCAUAAAAAAGUAAGUUUACAGUCGAGAAUUCUCUAACACAACCGUUGAUGAGAAGAGGGUCAGAUAUUACCUUCAACUUAGAGUACUGCAUAUCAUAA